GGCUUGAAGAAGGUAGGAGUUACAAGGCAGAGCAGGCAAUUUUAUCCCAUUUGGACAACUUUUACAGUAAUAAUGUUGACAUUACACCUACUCGAUAAUGGGUCUUAUACGUUAUAUACGAUUUGGGAAGCUAUUAACCUAGAAAAAAUAAAAUUCUUACAUAUACAUUUGGUGCUUCUGGGACACGCCACAUGUCUUUGGUUCCAUAGGCUACAACAUUGAAAUAUGACAACUAAAAAAGACAUAGAUGAGGGAACAAAAAUCAAAUUGAAAUAGAAUAAUACUAGGAAACCAACUUCUAUAAAUUUCUUAAAGAACUAGUUUAGAGUGUCCAUUUCUAAUUUUCUAUCCCGUAUUCUCACAAAAUUAAUACUGCAGGUUUCGUUAUGGAUGCAACAGAAAUCGCCAAAGACAUUAAUAUUGUCCCCACACCCCAAGAUGAAGAUCAUGAGGUGAAUUGGGAGGAUGAAUUCCAAGAAUUGAUGCAAACCCUUCCUAAAGAAAAAAGCUGGUACGGACGUGAUCUUUAUUUCUAUCAAGGAUUUUGGUGCCCAUUUUCUGUAUUUAAAGCUGUGAUUUCUUUCCAGAAACAUUUCCAAGCUCUUGAUAGUGAUAUUUUUGUCACAAGUUUGCCGAAAUGCGGCACUACUUGGCUCAAGGCUUUGACUUUCUCAAUUGUGAAUCGCAACCAAUUUGCAAUGGAGCAAAGCCCCUUGCUCAGUUUAGGCCCUCACCAACUUGUUCGUUCCUUUGAGUAUGAUCUUUACUUGAACAACCCUUGUCCUGAUCUUGAAAAUAGUUGUGUUUAUCAACCAAGACUUCUCUCCACCCACAUUCCCUAUGCUUCUUUGCCUCCUUCCAUUAAAGAUUCCAACUCCAAAAUUGUCUACAUGUGUAGAAAUCCAAUGGAUACAUUCGUCUCGCUUUGGUUUUUCACUGACCAGUUUCGACCCGAAAACGUAAAGCCAUCAUCACUAGAUGAAGCUUUUGACAUGUUAUGCCAACAAAUCCAUGCGUUUGGACCAUUUUUUGAUCAUGUAUUAGGGUAUUGGAAGGCAAGCCAAGAAAAACCCAACAAAAUACUAUUUUUACAAUACGAAGAUCUUCACGAAAACAUCAUAUCUCAUCUAAAAAAGUUGGCCAUGUUCUUGGGGUUUCCUUUCUCAGAGGAGGAAGAGAAACAUGGAGUAAUUGAAGAAAUAGCAAAAAUUUGUAGCUUUGGGAACUUGAAAGAAUUGGAUGUGCACAAGAAUGGCACACACAUUUCAGGGAUUCGACCCAACACCUUGUUCAGGAAAGGAAAACCGGAAGAUUGGAUCAAUUAUCUCACACCUGCAGUGGUAGAACGUUUGAAAAAGCUUAUUCAACAUAAGUUGGAUAAGUCAGGUUUAACAUUUAAACUAUCAUGCAAAUCUCCAGAGCAAGAUUAUGCAUGAUGGGUGUCGUUUAGUUUUAUUAGUUUAUGUUUCGUUCAUGUUGGGUAUCGGAUACCUGUCUGUAAGACUCACUUUAUAUUGUCUUUUAGUUUUAUUAGUUUAUGUUUCGUUCAUGUUGGGUAUUGAUAUCUGUCUGUAAGAACCACUUUAUAUUGCUACUUAUUUACCUUUUGCUGCCGGCGGUAGUUUGUGCUAGCUGGAAUUGUUUUAGGUUGCCAGUAAAAUAAUUGUCUUGCCAGCAGUACGUGUAAUG